UUACAAAAAAGAAGACGAAGCGGAAGAAGACGACGAAGCAAACAACAUAACCCAAGUCAAGAUGGCAUCGACUGUCUCUGUUUUCAAUAGAGCGAGGCCUGCCUCAAAGUUGAAUUCGCAGUUAGAUCAAGGCGUGAACGUUACUCAGGUGGAAGCUCGGGAGGAUGAAGAGCAGUGCAUCAAACUGGCGGAGAUCCUUGAGCUUCUUUUGGCCGCCGGAUAUUUUCGGGCCCGCAUUAAGGGACUGUCACCUUUUGAUAAGGUGGUCGGCGGGAUGACCUGGUGCAUCACCACCUGUAACUAUGACAUUGACAUUGAUCUACUUUUUCAAGAGAACUCAACCAUCGGUCAGAAAAUAGCUUUGACUGAGAAAAUUGUGUCUGUUUUGCCCAAAAUGAAGUGUCCUCAUCAGCUGGAGCCUCAUCAAAUCCAAGGGCUUGAUUUUAUUCACAUUUUCCCAGUGAUACAGUGGCUAGUGAAACGGGCCAUCGAGACCAGAGAGCAAAUGGGCGACUAUGUGAGAGCCUAUUCCAUAUCUCAAUUCCAGAAGGCCUACAACCUUCCAGAGGAUGAAGAGUUCCAUCAGAGAAGAGGCAAGGCAGUGGGAACAGUUCUUGAUAUUCUGGACGUAUACAAACCACAGAGGAAAUACAGAAGGCAAAAGGAGGCAGGGGAACUACUUGAUGAGGAGUCCAGGGUUCAGUCGACAUUGCUGGAAUAUGGCAGGCGAUAUGGAUUCAGCAAACAAUCCAAACAAGAUAAGCCAGGUGAAAAAAUGGCCUUGUCAAAUAAAGACUCUGUGACACAGGUUACAGAGGAAGAAGUUCAGUGGGCGGCUGAGGAGAAACGCAUCAAAAGCCUGAUGAACACAAUGGCCGCCAUGGCCAAUCAGGAGGGUCAACUGACAGCUAGCGCGGUGGGCUACAUUGUGGGGCAACAGUCUGAAGAGAUCAAACUGAUAGCUUCGGAGUAUGCCGAGAAGCAUUUGGAGGUAUCGGAGGAUUUUUCCGAGCGGUACGGCCCGCUUCACCAACACCUCCGAGCCGUUGCCUCUCUGAACAAACAGAUCCAGCAGAUGAUUAAGCAGCAUACUGAGCUGCAAGGUCAGCACACCCAAGUUAAGGAAGGUUGCGACGAGGCCAAGAUGAAGCUGCGUGAGGUCACAGAGCAGUCGGAUACGCUAAUGAAGCAGAUGAUGAUUUUAGAGGACGCCGAACGUCAAGCUGAGGGCAGCGUGCUGGAGAAGCUGAGAUUCCUGGUAACAUCCAAUGAAAACUUGAAACUUCAAGAACAGGAGUUUCGUGCCCACUGUAAAGAUGAGAGGAUCCGCCUGCAGCAGAGUAUUGAAAAUUUAAGCACAGCAUCGGGACUCGGUGUAGAGGAGAAGGAGAGAAACCAAUUGAUUGACAAGCAGCACAAUACAGAGAGAGAGAAACUACAGAAGGUCCGUCUGCUGAUGGCGAGGAGGAAUCGUGACAUUGCCAUUUUGCAGAGAAAGAUUGACGAAGUGCCUUGCCGUGCAGAACUCACACAGUACCAGAAGAGAUUCAUUGAACUCUAUUGCCAAGUUUCUGCAACACACAAAGAGACCAAACAGUUCUUCACUUUGUACAACACGUUAGACGACCAGAAAGUUUAUCUCGAGAAGGAGGUCAAUUUGCUGAAUUCCAUUCAUGACAACUUCCAGCAAGCCAUGUCGUCUUCGAGCGCCAAGGAGCAGUUCCUCAGACAAAUGGAGCAGAUAGUGGAUGGAAUCGGACAGAGUCGCAUCAAGAUGGAGAAGAAGAAGCAGGAGAACAAAAUGAGGAGGGAUCAGCUGAACGACAAAUACCUGGAGCUGCUCGACACCCAGAGGCUUUACUUCCAAACCGUCAAAGACUUCCAAGAGGAAUGUCGAAAGAACGAAAUGCUGCUGUCCAAGUUGAGAGCAAAAGGAGCAUCGUAGUUGUUAUAUUGCAAACAGCGUGUUCGUGCAUUAGGUUGCAAUCUAUGAAAACGUAUAUCGAUAAAUUGACAAUGUAUGUAAUCUUCACUUUUGAGUCAUAGUCUUGACUGAAUUAAUUUGUUUUUAAAUGAUGUCAUAUCCUCGUUGUCAUCUGUUGAAUGCAAGGAAAAAAACUCUGAUCUUUUCAACAAUAAAAGAUUUGAUGGGUUCCAAAA